AUGGCAUCCACCAUCGACUCAGACCCAGCACACGAAGAGUUGCCUAUCACCCACGCUGAGCUUCUUGCUCGCAUCGUCGCGGUCGAAACCCGACUUCGACGCACUGUCGAGAACCAGAUCCGAUUUGAAGAAAUGGCCUCGCGGCUGUUGUCAGAGAUAAAUGCUAUCAAUGACAGAUGCUCGGAGACGGACAAGAUCUGUACAGAUAAUUGGCGGGAUAUAGUGGUCAUUGAUAACAACGUCUCUACUCUGAAUGCUCGUGUGGAGGAAGGGUACGAUGAUCUCAAGGCUCACUGCGCCCGAAUCGCAACGCUGUACCAUCGUCGAUAUCGACAGGAUUCGUUCUCGGCUCACUAUAAGCAAGACCAGGCACCAACUGGCGUUCAAGAAAAAGGAGGGGGGCGGUGGGUCGAGGACGGCCUUAUCCACGAGCGUAUCCGAACCUGCCUCAGGACCUUCUUCGUUCCGACAUUCUCCGUCACUAGCAGUUUGGAUGGGUUGUGUAUGUUCACAAAUUAA